CCAGAACGCAAGCACUCAUAAGAGAAGCGGGGUAGGCUGCUUCGCAAAAAAGUAGGUAGGUAAAGAUUCAAAGUUAUGUGUACAGGACAAUCUCAAUGAUGAACACUCUUCGUCUAGCACACGAAAGCCCAGACCAUAACGUCAGCCAGGGCGUCGAACUCUGUCAUUGCCUGGCAGAACAAAUCAAUCUCCAUGAACACCGAACUUGAAGACGCCCAGGCUGCGCAGCCGACCGGCAGCCAGUCCGAGCCUAAGCUACCCGGGGUACCGGACAUGACAUUGCAGUUGUGGACAGUGGACGGGUACCCGAUCGUCGACGGCAAAUACCUUGAUCUACGCGCCGGGGAGCUCAAGACGCACCCUGAAUCGGGCGAGACGACUACCGGGCCGCCGCUCCUGGGAGUAUACUGGCAUAACACAUCUCCAAAGCAGCAGAAAGAGCCCUUUCUGUUUGACGAAAGGCCAUUCUAUGCCCUUGGCACUUGCAGUCUGCUCAGUGUGACUGAAUACCUGGUCCGGGUCGGUGACCUGCUCAGAACGGGUGUUUGUACCGUCAAGUCGCUGAAUGCAACAAAGUACGAGAUCAAUCUGCUGGUUCAAACGGAGCUCACGUGUGUUGAGUUUGGUGAAGCGCUUAGGAGGCAUGGGCUCACGGGCUCGGGGUUUGUGUCUGGGUCGAGGUCAUGACGGGCGGAGUUGGGCACUUGUCAUCUGCAUAUAGGGAGACUCUGGGUGAGGCAAGGUAAUGAUACUCUCUUUGCCCGCUUUCUGUCCUGCUUGUCUUGGCCGCUGACUGUACUGCCUCGACGUGAUGAAGCUGCCUCAAGCUCUCUCUCAAGUCUCAAAACGGGCGACGACACCACCAUGAAUACCAGGGAAAGCAGGAGCGUGCAGAGGCGAGAUAAUAUUCCACAGGCG